GUUCCAUCCAUUUCUCUCCUCUCAUCUUCCUUCUCGUCCCAACGUUUGCUCGCUUUCCCAUUCCAAAAUUCCGAUCCCACUGGCCGCCAUGGAUCCCUUCCACCACCUCAACACCGCCUUCUCCAACCCCUACCACCCGCUCCUCUCCUCCUCCCCUCCCCACCCCCACUACCCUCCCCCGCUCCCGCCGCCGCCAGCCGCGGCCGCGGAGCCGCCGGAGCGGGAGCGGCUGCCGCAGUGGUCCCACGCCGAGACGGCCGCCUUCCUCGCCAUCCGCGCCGACCUCGACCGCUCCUUCCUCUCCACCAAACGCAACAAGGCGCUCUGGGAGGCCGUCUCCGCCCGCCUCCAUGACCAUGGCGGGUUCGCGCGUACACCGGAUCAGUGCAAGUCCAAGUGGAAGAACCUCGUCACCAGGUUCAAGGGCUCCGCCCACCCCCCGCCGCCGCCCGACGCCGCCGACACGCCCCAGCACCAGCACCACCCGGGUGACCAUCCCGGUACCGGCGGCAGCGGCGGCGCUUCGUCUGCGGCGAGGGGCGGCGGCUUCCCGUUCCACGACGAGAUGAGGCGGAUCUUCGACGCCAGGGUCGAGCGGGCGCGCGCAUUGGAGGCGAAAAAGGCCAAGGGGAAGCACCACGCGCGGUCAGGGCACGAUCAUCUUCAUCCGGAUGAUGCCGACGACGAUGGCCAAGGGGAUGAGGCCGGCGAGGAAGAAGACGAGGAGGCGGACAUCCUGGAAGACGAAGAAGAGGAGAGUCGGGCAGCGGAGACGACGAGGGGUGCUGCUGGGCCUGGGAAGAAGCGGAGGAGGAAAUCAACAGCGGCGCCCGCGGGGAACGAGCAGGGCGAGGUGGAGGCGAUGCUGCGGGAGUUCAUGCGGCGGCAGGCGGAGAUGGAUGAGCGGUGGGCGGAGGCCGCCGAGGCGCGCGACGCCGAGCGGCGCGCCCGCGAGGAGGAGUGGCGGGCCGCCAUGGUCGCGCUCGGCGAGGAGCGGCUCGCGCUCGUGCGCCGCUGGCGGGAGCGCGAGGACGCGUGGCGGGCGCGCGCCGAGGAGCGCGAGGAGCGACGCCACCGGCUCAUCGCCGCCCUGCUCGCCAAGCUCGGCGGCGGCGACACGUCCUGAUAUCCAUAUCCGUUCCAAGUUCCAUAUCCACAUCCUGGACAAUCCAUCGCCGCGAAGAAGGGCGUGUGCCAUGCCCUGCCGGCCGUUUAGAUCAGUUGUAGCUCAUGCCUUUGUUAAUUAGCUAGGGUUUCUUUAGACAGUGAGAGGUUAGUCAGUGAAAGGAGAUGUGCUUCAUUCAUGUAGUGGAAAAGGGUUUUGCUUGCAACAUCUUUACCUACACUAAGCCCAUUGCCUGCAACUGCAAACUCUCCCUGGUCUUAUCAGCUUCAUGAGCUAAGGCAGCUUUCCAAAUGCAUGGAUGCAUGCAUGGCUUUGCAUGAUCAAUCAGUCAAUCAAUCCGCGGACGAUCUUCUUCUUCCUCAUCAUCCCCAAGGUGGACUCUGUAGAAAUCUCAGAACGUGAGUGCUUUACAUUAUUUACUUUUUCAGAUUAUCUCUCUGCACUGUGUGCGUGUGUAGCUUUUGCGCAACAUUGCAUGGCUCUAUCUAGAUACAUCUUUCCUUCUUUUCGGUUGCAUGCUCUAAAGAGAUUUGCAUCUGAAAAGUUUUCUAGUGAGGGGAAAGAGAAGCAGGCAGGCAUGAUGGGCCGUGCAGCUGCUUUGAUUUUGCUUUCUUUUGCUUUUCCCGUAGAACGGGUAUUGAUUCCCUGCCUGAAUAUAUGGAUGCUCGAAAUGUGGCAUGCAUAUGCAUAGAAGCGUGCAUGCUAGCUGCGGUGAUUGACUGAAGAUUAACUGAAAAAAAUAUGCUGAGAUGUAAUUUAAGGGAUGCCAUGGUAUGAAACCAUGGACCUACACAGUGUGUAAGCAGAAAAGUAGAGUAUGAAUGCAAGCUAGAUA